CUAGAGGAAUGUUUUGAAAGAGGCACGUUGAAAGGAGCAGGAAGUAGUAUUGUCAGAGGGACGUCGCCUCUCUCCGGACAACAAGAUAAAAAUGGAGGGAUCGUCUAAAAGGGACCCAUCUGAUCAGCCAUCUGUUGUUGCUGCUCAAGUUCCCUUCCUACACCUGUGCAAUACUUUCGAAAAGAUCCAGAAGUCAAAACUUCGUCCAGAAAAGUCCAAGAUCCUUGGCGAUUUUAUUAAGUCGUGGAGGGAGUUCCAUUGCGCCCUGCAUAAAGAUGACACCAAAACAACAGACUCUUUCUACCCGGCAAUGCGUCUCAUCGUUCCUUCAUUUGAGCGAGAGCGAAUGGCAUAUGGCAUAAAGGAAAGCAUGUUAGCUAAACUUUACAUUGAUGUACUAUGCCUCCCAAAGAAUGGCCCAGAAGCCAAUAAACUGUUAAACUACCGUGCGCCAACCACCUCCCAAGGAGAGUCGGGCGACUUUGCUGGCAUGGCAUACUUUGUGCUAAAGAAACGCUGCACCGGGCAAGGAAAGCUCAGCCUUCAAGAAGUUAAUGACUUUCUGGAUUCGGUGGCUAUCAACAACGCUAGCAAGAAAAAAGAUCUUGUAAAAAAAAGUCUGCUCCACCUACUUCAAGAGAGUUCUGCUCUUGAGCAGAAAUGGCUCAUUAGAAUAAUUCUGAAGGACAUGAAGCUCGGCAUCAGCAAGGAAACUGUCCUUCAAGUCUUCCACCCAGAUGCUGCUGAGCUUUACAAUGUGACCACAGACUUGAACAAGGUGUGUCAGCAGCUCCACAACCCCUCAGUGUCUUUGAGUGAGGUUUCCAUUGGACUUUUCUCUGCCUUCAAGCCCAUGUUGGCAGGUGUGUCUAACAUCCGCAAUGUCGAGAAGCAAAUGGAAAAUAGCCCUUUUUACAUUGAAACCAAGUUGGAUGGUGAGCGAAUACAACUGCAUAAAGAUGGCGAGGUUUACAAGUACUUUAGUCGGAAUGCCUAUGAAUAUACACAGCAGUUCGGUGGAUCGCCUUUAGAGGGCUCACUGACACCAUACAUACACAAUGUCUUUAAAAGCCACAUUGUCAGUUGUAUCCUCGACGGAGAGAUGAUGGCUUACAACCCGACCACAAAGACUUUCAUGCAGAAAGGGAGCAAGUUUGACAUUAAGAGAUUGAUGGAAGAUUCAGAGUUGCAGACUUGCUACUGCGUGUUUGACGUGCUUUUAGUCAACAACCAAAAGCUUGGCAAUGAAGUGCUGAAAAAACGUCAUGAGAUCCUACAGACAGUUUUCACUCCGGUUCAUGGAAGAAUCCACUCGGUGCCCAAAACAGAAGCCAGAACUAUGCGGGAGGUGGUGAAUUCCCUUAAUGAUGCUAUAGACAACAGAGAAGAGGGAAUUAUGGUAAAGAAUCCGUUAUCUGUGUACAAACCGGACAAAAGAGGUGAGGGUUGGUUGAAAAUAAAGCCAGAAUAUGUGGAUGGCUUGAUGGAUAAGCUUGAUGUUCUAAUUGUUGGCGGCUAUUGGGGUAAAGGAAAACGUGGCGGUAUGAUGUCCCAUUUUCUAUGUGCUGUUGCCGAAGCAGCAAAGCCCGGUGAGAAACCUUCCGUUUUUCAUACGCUCUGCCGCAUUGGUUCUGGCUACACCAUGAAAGAGCUGUAUGACCUUGGCUUAAAGCUUGCAAAGCACUGGAAAGUUUACAGAAAAAAUGACCCACCAUCCAACAUACUUUGUGCAACUGAGAAACCUGAGGUCUAUAUCGAGCCAUGCAACUCGGUCAUCUUGCAAGUGAAGGCGGCUGAGAUAGUCAGCAGCGACAUGUAUAAAACCAACUGCACACUGCGCUUUCCGAGGAUAGAAAAUAUCCGCAACGACAAGGAGUGGCAUCAGUGUAUGACCCUAGCAGAGCUGGACCAUUUCUCCAACAAGGCAUCAGGGAAACUCGCCUCGCGACACCUUCAUAUUGACAUUGCCGACGAACCACAGAGAAAAAAGCGCAAACUGCCUGCCAAAAUCAAGAAGAUGGUCGAAAUAAUAGACCACUUUAAGCCCCAGGAUCUCUCGGGUGUUACCAAAGAGACAGACAUCUUUCAGGAUUUGGAGUUCUGCAUACUCAAUGGGACACAGGAUCACCCGAAAGCCAAGCUGGAGAAGGGUCUGGCCAGUUGUGGUGGUACAGUCGUUCAGAACCCAGGACAAGACACCUAUUGUGUGAUUGCCGGCUUGGAAAACAUACGUGUGAAAAACCUGAGUUUGUCCAACCAGCAUGAUGUAGUGUGGGCCUCCUGGCUGCUGGAGUGCCUGGAGCAGAAGCAAUUUGUUCCAUGGCAACCACGCCACAUGAUCCACAUGUCACCGCCCACCAAGGAGCGCUUCACUAAGGAGUAUGACAGCUAUGGCGACAGCUAUUUUGUGGACACUGAUGUACAGCAACUUCGGGAAGUGUUUGGGCGCAUUGGAAAGAGGAGCACUGGACAAACGGUUGCAAAUGUCUGCCAGGUAGAAGAGCGAUAUGGCUGGGAUGACCUUCCGACCAGUAUGUUCAGACCUUUCACAGUUUAUAUUGAUAGAAACGCUAGCUGUGUGGAUAUUCGAGGCCUGGAGUUCCGUUAUUAUGGAGGCACAGUGGUGCAGAAGUUGGAAGAAGGGGUGUCGCAUGUUGUUAUUGCAGAGGAAACCAGACUUGAGGCUUUGAGGAAGUCCAGGCGCAGCUUUAAGAAGAAGUUUAAAAUUGUCAGAGACUCUUGGGUGACUGAUUCAAUUAAGGAACGACGCCUGAUAAAUGAAGAUGACUAUUUGGUUUGAAAAGUGACAUGCAGUGAGAUUUAUUGCUUGCUAAAGCAAUGACUUUGAGAAAUGUUUGAAACAUUGAUGUUUUCUCACAGAUUCUACUGUAAAUGCAAUAGAAACCUUGAUUGCUUCCCUAGGGUUUCAUGAUUCCAUUUUAAAGUUGUGGUGAUAUUUGCAUAGGUUUUAAAUGAAUACUUGUAAAGCCCAGAAGACAAUUAUUAAAGAGUUCUGGAGGAUUUCAUACAAUGUGACUUACAUAGUUUAUUUAGGGUCUUUCUUUUAGAAACAUUUUUUCUCUCCUAAAUAAUUGUAUUCUCCUACAGAAGUGCACUAGUGACAAUCUAAACUUUUUGUGUAAUUAAUUGUACUUUGAUUUUUUGUAAGUGCUGUAUUUAUGCUGUACUAUAAUCAAAUAAAUAGCGUUAUGUAA